AUGCAGUCCAAAGUCGCCGCCCUUCUCCUCGCCGCCGGCACCGUUGCCGCUCUCGGUGACCGCAAGCGUGCUACGGCCCAUGGCGUCGGCGCAAUGGGCACCGAGAUGGGCCCGGUCGCUUUCCUGUGGCCUGCCGACCGCCCCUGGUCCGCUGGGGCCGACAACACUGAGCCUUGCGGAAGCACCCAGGGUGUUGGCAACCGGACCCCUUUCCCUCUCUCCGCUGGUGCCGUGUCUCUCUCCAUCGCUACCGAUGCCUACGAUGUUGAGUUUAGCGUGUCCUAUGCCAAAGACCCCAAGAGCAACAGCGACUUUACCCAAAAGGCCGUCCCAUCGUCGAUUGACAAGAUCGUAGCGGGCCACCAGUGCUACAAGGUGAACGCGCCGCCGAGCACUGUCAAGGCCGGUGACGAUGCCACCAUCCAGCUCAAGUACCGGUCCAAGUAUCCCAGCGAGAACAACGGCAACGACCAGACGUUUUACGCCUGCGCCGACAUUCAAUACGUCGAGACUAGCCUCUUCAAAACCGCCAUCCCCUGCUUCAACGUGACCUCGGACGAGUUCACGGCCCCAGAGACGUCCAGCACCCCCGUGGCCCCCGCCACCAACUCGCAGUCCUCAGCCGGCCUGACCACCGGCGCCAUUGCCGGCAUCGCCGUUGGCACUAUUGUCGGCUCGCUGGCGGUUGUCGGGGCCAUCGCCUUCUUCGUCUUUAAGAAGCGCCGUUCUGGAGCCGCCAGCAACGCCGAGACCGUCCUGCCCGUGUCCAAGAACAACAUGGAGACCGCCUCGGUCUCGUCGGCGCUUCGCCGCUAG